GCUAGCUUCGCUUGCUCGCCUGUUUCCUAGAUGUGCAUGUCAUUUGCGUUUGUGGUCCACGGCCAGCAUGCACUGAUAAUGUUCACUCUGAACUUCACUUUUCUUUAUAAAAAAUACAAUUGUGCAAAAUCCAUCAAAGACGUGGAAGACACAGUAAUGGAGCAGUUGUGCAGAAAGCUUUUUGUGUUACUGUCAACCCAUUACGCUGACAAUCUAACUUUUUAUUUUGCUUAUAGUUACGUCAGGCAUUUUAAGGAGUCGUCCAUGUUGUUUACCAGCUAGUAGUCGCUGGCUAAUGUCAAAGAGGGUUAUUUCCUCGGUUAGUGUCAGUUUUAAUCACGCACCGAAUAGGACGUGUGAGGAACUCGCUUCCUUGCGCAGUACGGCUGACUGUCGCACUGUGACUCAACACAAUUCCGUACGUAAAUAAUUUAGAUUGAGCCCACGGUGUGGAAAGACUGAAAUGAUAAAUAUAAAAUUAUUAUCUAAAAGUUUAAAUUCGCCCUUAUACCGUAGCCUACUGUGCAAAUGCCUACUGUGCUCAUGUAAGAAUUCCAUAAGGCAUGGUUGCUUACAAAAAUAAUGAAAUGAACAGUUGAAAGUAACAAGAAAUUUAGUCUUUGUGGCAAGAUUAUUGGAGAUCUUGCCACAGUUCUUUGGCUGUCUCACUUGCUUCUGGCUAUACAGACAAAAGGGAUGGUUAAUGAUGGCCACCACACCUGCGAAGGAGGAGGAUGAAGUGGAGUUUGUUUCUGAAGGACCUCAAAGACCGGUAUUGGAAUACAUUGACUUAUUGAGUGAUGGGGAGAAUGAAGAUUCUGAACUUCAUGGGACGCUUGAAGACCAGGUCAACAGGCAGAAGGCAAAGGUCGCAUCGACGCUCGACCGGCUGGCUCACAAAGUCGCGGUCGAGAAGCAGGAGAGAGAGGAAAAGUGCCGAGCUUUUAAGGCGAAGAUGAUCUCCCAGCAAGCGCACGGCCGGCAGGAGCUGGCCUUCCACGCCGGCAGCGGAGAGAGCCGCGACGCCAAGAACAUUGUGAACAUGUGGCUAAAAAUGCCAGGGGCGAAACCAGGGUCGGUACACACUGGAUUCAGGAGCCGAAGGUCCGCCCCCUUUCCCAGCGACCGCCCCCAGCCCUCGUCCCACACCUGCCCCGUCAUCAACUGCGGCCGAGUGUUCGAAGGCGUUCUUCUGCUGGAGGGUCACUUGAAAAGGUUCGACCAUUCGCCCUGCGACCCCACCAUCAAGCUGAAAGGGGCCCCCAACGAGCUCUACGCCUGUGUCGCCUGCCGCAAACACUUCCAAACCAAAGGCGCCUGGCAGGACCACCUGAAGUCAAAGGUGUCCUCCCCCAGUCCUGAGGGCCACGUCAGCAGCCAAUCCUUCCAGGUCAUCCAGUGCUUCGCAUGCCCAGGCUGCUGCCUGCUCUUCAAUCUGAUGGACCAGUGCCUGCAGCACAUGGCAGCGUACAACCACUUCAACCAGUCUGUCUCUCUGAGCGAAACGCCCCAGACCGCCGUGCCCAUACCUGUGCCAUGCUACGCUAAGAACCGGCUGAUCGCCCUGUGCAAGGAGGUGCCCUUCUGCGUGCGCUGCACCUCCUGCAGGAGCCCGCUGAACUCUCACAUGGCCGCGCGGGCGCACUUCAGCGUGCAGUGCAGGCAGGGCGGGGCCGUGGCGGAGGCGGCCCAGUCGCUGCCGGAGGUGAUGGGGCAGGUGUGCGCGUACGGGCGCUGUGCGCAGUGCCAGAAGACCUUCCUGGGCCAGGAGGACGCUGCGGACCACGCCCGCCAGACGCAGCACAAAAUCACGGCCUUCGAGACGGUGCAGGAGGCCCUGCUGCACUACAGCCAACACCACGACACCCUGCGGGCGGCCAAACGGGCCGGCCCCCGAGACAGGGGCCACGAGGCGGGGUCCCCGGCCAAAAGGCGCCGGGGGCCGGACCGGGCCACGGCCUGGGUCUGCGAGUGCGGCCUGAGCUUCCCGGAAGAGCCCCUCGCCCACAGUCACCUCCUGGCGUCCAAUCAGGUGUUCCACAAGUGCGGGGUGUGCGAGAAGGAGAUGGGCGAGGGCUCCAUUACCCGGCUCCACAUGAGCCGUUUCCACGGCGGCGCCCACCUCUCCAACUUCCUGUUCCGGUGCCGGCGCUGCCGGGUGGACAUGCCGCGGGAGGAGGACAUCCUGUCGCACGUGAGGGAGGCCCACGCCGGCCACACCUUCUACCGCGAGCAGGAGGCGGCGGAGGAAGAGCCGGCCUCGGUCUCCAGGCCUCCGGCGCCCGCAAAGCCGCCUCUCCCCUCCGCGCCCGCCCCCUCCGAGUCUGAGCCCGGGCCCGCCGCCAGGCCGUCGGGCAGCGGCCGCCGGCGCCGGUGGCUCUGCCGGAUGUGCGAGGACGUGUUCGGCUCGGAGGCCUCCGUGCGGGCGCACUGCGGAGACGUGAGCGCCCACAGCUUCCACAAGUUCCUCUGCAGCCACUGCGAUCAGAGGUUCUUCAAGGAGGCGACGCUGGAGCGGCACUGCCGCGCGGAGCACGAGGGGAGCGUGGAGCUGCGGCGUUUCUGCGGCCUCUGCGACAGCAUGCCGCUGGACGGCGAGGAGGACUUCCUGCGACACUACCGCAGCCUCCACGCCGUCGACUACUGCCGCCUGGAGGAGGAAGAGGAGGGGCCCCGGGCGGACACGCCCUCGGCCCAGACGCCCGCCCAAUCGGCCGAGCUCCGGUGCCUCUGCAUGGGCGGGGAGAAGGGAAAAGCAGAGCAGAGGGAUGCCUUCACCGCCUGCAUGAAGAGGCUGGCCAGCCAGGGCAAGUGCACCUACGUCUGCCCCCUCUGCGACCUGCAGACCCACUACUACAUCCAGGCGAAGGAGCAUGUGCGACUGAAGCACGGCUCCCAGGGGAAACCCUUCCUGGUGAUGUGUGGGUUCUGCCCAGGGAGCUACCCGGACGUGCCCGGGUUCCACAACCACUACCACGCUCAGCACUGCUCCAUGGAGCCCUGUGUGAACCAGAGGGGUGGAGGAGGGCCAGCCGGCAAGAUCACCCCGAAGGUCACCUCAAAGGACGGCCUGAAGAUUACCCCGAAGGUCACCUCAAAGGACGGCCUGAAGAUUACCCCUAAGGUCACCUCAAAGGAUACCCUGAAGGAUACCCCAAGGGUCACCCAAAAUGACACCCCAAGAGUCACCCCAAAUGACACCCCGCAGGACACCCCAAAGGUCCUGAAGGCAGAGGAGGUCUUCUUGGAAACUGAUGCUGAGGAGUUUGGUGAGGUGAAACGCGCUCUUGCACUGAGCUCAGCGGAAACCAGGAGGGAGGCGGAGGGUGACAGUGAAGAGUCGGACGAGGACCUGAAGCGCGCCUUGGCUCUGAGCACACAGGAAGCGGAGCAGCAGGCGGAGAUGGAGAGAGCUUUAUAUCAGUCCUUGAAUUUGGUGGAAUUGGACCUUGAAAGUUCUAACUCUGAGAUGAAAGAAGCAUUGGAAAGAAGCCUUCUGGAAUUCUGACUGCGACAUUUCGAGGAUGUUAAAAUUAGUGUCUUUUGGAUCUUAUUUGUAAGGAUUAAAAAUAACUAUGUUAAAGAGCUGCUGAUCAUUGAUAAAUGGUUGUAAAUAAAAAAUAUGCAGGCAAAAGCAGUUAUGUAUUUUGGGUUUAAUAAAGUUUAUUAGCGAUAAUA